UUCCGUACGGCACACGCGGCCGACCCUAACGCCAAGCUAUACAUCAAUGACUACAACGUCGAAGCCGUUAACACAAAGUCGGACGCCUUAUACGCGUUGGUCAAGGAGUUGAAGGGUAAGGGAGUACCCGUUCAUGGGGUCGGUUUGCAGGGUCACUUCAGGGAGAAUGAAAUUCCCUCAACUUAUCAAGAUAAUAUUAAACGCUUCUCCGAUUUGGGCCUCGAUGUAGCCAUUACUGAGCUGCAGGUCAGGUAUCAGCUACCUGGGUCAGCCGAUAAAAUUGCUAAACAGGCACAGGAUUAUAGUCAUGCCUUUAGCGCGUGUAUGAACGUGGAAAGGUGUGUCGGGGUAACCGUUUGGGGCUUUACCGAUAAAUAUUCUUGGUUGAUUGAUAAGGGUUAUGGGGAACAGCAGUUAUGGACUCAGGAUUAUAAACCCAAACCCGCCGUAGACGCUGUCGAUAAACACACGAAAAUGCUGUCCACGUCAAUCAUUUUAGUGACGGUAUUGAUUGUCUCGGGCGAGGGUCACCUCCGAGAUCAUGCCAAACAGAAGUACAUCGGAACGUCGUUUAGGACCGAUGCCUUCAGCGACCAGAAAUACCUGGAAAUACUGGGCCAGGAGUUCAAUUGCGUGUCAAACGCGGAUAUAAUAUGGGGGAAUCUGGAGGCAGUACGGGGGCAGUACAACUGGGGACCCCCCGACAAAGUGGUCGCAUAUGCAGAGCAACACAAUAUGAAGAUCAGGGGAUCUGUCCUCAUAUGGCACGAACAGUUGCCCACAUGGAUUGCGGGACUGGAGGGCAAAAAGGCUGAGCUCGAGCAAGUGAUGAAGGACCAUAUUAAUACAGUGGUUGGACGUUUUAAAGGUAAGGUCUACGCGUGGGAUGUCGUCAAUGAGGUGAUCGAUGAAGUGUCCGGCGAACUAAGGGACAGCAUAUGGUCGCGAACUUUUAACUACAGUUUCAUUGAGGAGGCCUUCCGUACGGCACACGCGGCCGACCCUAACGCCAAGCUAUACAUCAAUGAAUACAAUCUCGAAGCCGUUGAUACAAAGUCAGACGCCUUAUACGCGUUGGUCAAGGAGUUGAAGGGUAAGGGAGUGCCC